AGCUACCGUGCAAUUCUACUCCUCCGUGGGUCCACGUCCAGCACCUCUCACGGCCAGCAACUCCAGGCGAGCGGUCCUCCUCUCACAAGCAGGCCGUCUUCGGUCGUGUGCAGCACUCCAACAGACCAUUUCCGUCGACCUCGAGCCGCUGCUCCGCCAUCCUCGCACCUUCAGGCCAUCGCGAGCGCCUUCGCUAGCCACCGAGGCCGCAUCACCGUCGUCCCAGUCCGCUAUUUGUAUCGUCCUGGUCCCACCCUAAGGGCUGAAACGCCUCUCUUUCCGUUGGUGUGGGACUUCAUAGCCGUGAUGCAUCGUAAUAGUUCGAGUGUCGGGUCGAACUCGGAGACCUUCAGCCUUGAAGGUUUCAUGUCGGAUAUAGAUCGGAAGAAAAGAAAGGAGUUUGAGGAUUUCAAACCCUCUCAUCUAAGUGACAUUAGGAGAUGCGUCCAAGAAGUGUACGACCUGUGGUACACCUUGCUUAUAGAUGAAAACCCCAUUGUCGAUCACGAAGACGGU